GCUAAGAAGGACUGAUGUUUCCUGCUCACCCCCAGUUACUUGACAGACGCUUAUGGACAACAGGACACAUUCACGUCCACUUUGAGGGUUUUAGGGGCUUUGUUACCGAAUCAAACCCGGACAGAUGUCUACGGACUGACCGUCUAAAUGCUGUGGAGCAGGAAUAGCCUCACUGGACCGACGGAAGUAAAUGAACAGCGCACCAAACUACUGUAAGAUGUGCACCGAGCUUCAGAAACUAAACCAAACAGAUAGUCAGCAGUAAGUGACCCAUGAUGGCCAUGGACCAGUUGUAUACUUGAAGUCUCAUCCUGAGGAGGACGCAUUACUUUAUGACCUUGCACCUUUGAAUGCUGACAGCCCCUAAGAUGGAGGAGCAACCCAGUCAGCCCAACGUCAGCAUACCCUGCCACAACGAGCAGAGGGACAAGAAAAAGCGUUACACAGUUUACAAAGUAAUAGUUAAUGUUGGACAACAGGAAUGGUUUGUCUUCAGGCGUUAUGCAGAGUUUGAUAAACUCUACAACACAUUAAGGAAACAGUAUCCAUCUAUGAACUUGAAAAUUCCUGCUAAGAGGAUAUUUGGGGACAAUUUCGACCCUGAGUUCAUCAAGCAAAGAAGAGCAGGGUUGCAUGAGUUCAUCAAGCGAAUUGUCUCACAUCAUCAGCUUUGCAACCAGCCAGAUGUGAGGACCUUUCUGCUGAUGGACAAAAUGCAAAACUUUUCCGAUGCCUCUGAGGACGAAGAUGACAAAAACACCUCUACCUCCAGAAACAUUAACCUGGGCCCCUCUGGAAAUCCACAUGCAAAGCCCACAGACUUUGACUUUUUAAGAGUCAUUGGAAAGGGGAGUUUUGGGAAGGUUUUCCUUGCAAAACUAAAACACGAUGAAAAGUAUUAUGCAGUCAAGGUUUUACAGAAAAAGGUCAUUCUCAACAGAAAAGAGCAAAAACACAUCAUGGCUGAGCGCAACGUGCUGCUGAAGAAUGUGAAACACCCUUUCCUGGUUGGGCUUCAUUAUUCCUUCCAGACCACAGACAAGUUGUACUUCGUCUUGGAUUUCGUUAAUGGAGGAGAACUUUUCUUCCAUCUUCAAAAAGAGCGGACCUUUCCAGAGCCCAGAGCAAAAUUCUACAUUGCCGAGAUGGCAAGUGCACUUGGAUAUCUGCAUUCUCUCAACAUAGUUUACAGAGACUUGAAGCCAGAAAACAUCCUCCUUGACCAUGAAGGGCAUAUCAUUUUGACGGACUUUGGAUUGUGCAAGGAAGGCAUUUCCCAGACAGACACCACCACUACCUUUUGUGGAACACCUGAGUACUUAGCUCCAGAAGUCCUGAGGAAGCAGCCAUAUGAUAACACAGUGGACUGGUGGUGUUUGGGUUCAGUGCUGUAUGAAAUGCUCUUUGGACUGCCGCCGUUCUACAGCAGGGACACGCACGAAAUGUACGACAACAUCCUCCACAAAACAUUGGUGAUGCGUCCUGGUGCGUCCAGCACAGCCUGGUCUCUCCUCCAGGGCCUGCUGGAGAAAGACGGCACACACAGACUGGGGUCUCUGGAUGACUUUAAUGAGAUCAAAGCACACAGCUUCUUCUCCUCCAUCAACUGGGACGACCUCGAACAGAAGAAGAUCCCUCCCCCAUUCACGCCAAAUGUGAGCUCAAACUUUGACAUCUCAAACUUUGAUCCUGAGUUCACAGAGGAGAUGGUUCCCAACUCCAUCUGCUGGUCUAAAGACUAUUCCAUAAUCAACGCCAGUGUAAUGGAGGCCGACGAUGCCUUUGUGGGCUUCUCUUAUGCCCCAGCUUCGGAUGACUCGUUCUUAUGAAACAUUCCGAAUGAGGUCUUCGAUUGCCUUAACCAUCAUAACUUCUUUUGACUAAAGGGAAGAAUUUACAUCAUGGAUUAACUUGUUCUAUGAAGCCAAAGCAAGCAGCUGAGACGAAACAGCAGUUAAAACAUAUUUUGGUUGGAACAAAAAGUGCCAGAAAAGUCUUUAUUUUUUAUCAAUUUGUAUUUAUAUAAAUAUAUAUAUAUAUAAACAUGACAGAUGAUAUUUUUAAGAAUUAAGGACAGCCAUCCUCUAUUAAUGUUAUUUCUGGUGGUUUCUAAAAUGAGCCUUUUAUAAAGCCUUAAAUUUAUCCCUUAAAUGAAAUCAAUAAGUAGUUUUCUGAAAAACUUGAACAACUCACUGGACUUAAAAUCACACCAUUUGACUGUCAGAUGGAAGUAUGUUUGUCCUUGUAAUUACUGUAAAAAUACAAUUAUGUAUCAUAUUCAUUUUAACAAAGCUGGAUAUAGGGAUUACUUGAGAGACCACUGAAUAAAGCAUUUUGGUUUAUAGGUCACAUUUGUAAAAAAUAUUGUCUUCUACUCCUUCAGUUACCUCUCAGUCUUUAAAUAUUGAGUGUUUUUUUUAUAUUAUUGUUUGUGUUCAUUUCCUUGCUAAUCUUUGCCUUAACAUUUAUUCAUAAUUGCAUAAUUUUAAAAUCCACAAUGAUUUGCUUGGCCUGGCAAUUAAGUAGACUUAUACUCUUGCACAGUAAUAAAAAAUA